AUGACGUUCACCACGUCGUCUCCAAAUUCUCUGCCUGCCAUCGGCAAAUCGCAGUGUAAAUCUUGCUUCAUCGCUAAACACGACUAUUCCUUUUCCUCUGAGUCGAUCGCAAGUGGAGUUGUGCCCACAGUUGACGUUGACGUCGAUGAAAUUAGGUCAAAAUGGUUUCAACAUAUGGACGCCAUGCGUGGAGAAUGUAGUUCUGGGAGGUAUGGUAUGAACUGCCAGUUUACUUGUGGUAAAUGCAAGACAUCCGAAUCAUGUGAUACUGUUACUGGCAGGUGCAUAGGAGGGUGUCUUGAUGGAUUUCAAGGACAUUUGUGCAAAGAAGCUCUUCCGCAGAAAACAUAUGUAUUGGCAAUUACUACGGGGAUAUUAUUUCUGCUGUUUGUGAUGUCAGUUUUCGUCAUCAUUAAACUGGUUCUUAGAAAGCGAUCGAAACCUACUGAAACCAGAGUAACAUUUUCAACUGUAAAAUGUGGUAUCGAAAAGCCAGCCACUGCUGUGGAAGUGACUGUAUCCGAUUCAGUGUAUGACGUUUGUGAUGACAAACAGGUUGAAGGAUUGUCUACACAAACUGAACCGGCAACCACUGGAGAACAUGAUUACCAAAAUGCAUCACAAAUGGCAGAAAACAACCAAACAGAGAUAAACACGUAUGAAAAGUUGGAUGUGGACGUAACUGGCGAAUUGUCUCCAUAUGAAAAGAUAAAUGUAUAAAUAUAUAGUUGAACAUUGUCAAGAAUGUGCUGGCGAUACGACAUUCAUUCUAGGCAAUAUGUUUGUCGACAUUGUUGCUAUAAUACAGGUAAAGAUAAAGUCAUUUGAAUGCAUUUGUCUGUCAGAGUUAUUUCACGAAAGUCUACAAAACGCCUGUAAUGAAAUAGAUUCUGAAUAGUUGGCAGGUGAAAGAGAAUAGAGAAGUAGUUGAAAUACAUGUUUGAAACAUCUGAAUUACUUUACUAAAGUACUAGUAUAUAGCAGCCAUUAUGGAUUUCAAUACUUUUCACUUAGUUGUUUACUUCGAAAAUAAAUCUGUGAAGUGAUUUUCAUUUCAGAACGAUGGAACGAUGACGUCGGUCUAACAAACUGUACAGUACAUCAAAUAUAUUAAUUUUAUGCCAAAUUCAAGUAUUCUCCUUUCAUUCAUUCCAUAAGAAUCAAAGUGGCAUCCUUAGAAACAAGAUUUGAUAAUAUAAGUGGCCGUUUGGUUUAUUGAAUACAAAGCCAACAUUGAUCAUCAAAGUGACCGUUUGGUAUACUGAAUGCAAAAUUGUACUAUUUAAAACUACCACAGAUCGGGCGAGUGUAUUGCUGCUGUUUAUUUUUGCUGAAUUCUAACAAAUUGAAAUAAGUAAUGUGUGCAUUGCCCAUUCAUAUCCAUGUUAGAUGUACUUUGUAGAUAUUAAUAUGCUUAUUGAUAAUUUGUGUAAGUAUAUUGUACUGCUUAUUAUUUUGCUUACGGUAUAUUUUUGCAUCAAUAUAUGCACCUUAUGUUGAAUAUAUAUAAUGGAACAGUAAAAAUGCACAUACAUUAUGGGGUUAACAUAUAAGCCGGCAAUAAUACAAAUGCAGAGAAGAAAGUAAGAAGGACAAAUUGAAGGAAAGACAAAUUGAAUUAUUAAAGAAUAAAGUUUGCAAUAGAAAAUAAUACAUUUAUCAUUAUUACCAUCACUACUGCCAUUACCAGUACUACUACUACUAUAUUAUUAUUAUUAUUUCACGUGUAUAGAAAUAAUGUAUAUGGUGCAAUUUAACUUAAAAUUAAAAAGAGGAGUAAAAGAAGAUGAAUAAAAGAUAGUGUGAUUUGAAAGGUAAGACACACUUUGAGUAGGAAGGAGAAACAUUGAGAGAAGGGGACAUUGUCAAGACUAUUAACUAGGAUUGUUUCCCUGUUGGUUCAAAUAGUUGUAUUUUUUUAGUUUCAUUCAAAGAAAUCCGUUUUUAUGGAAUGUUUUAUAGCUACAAUUUUUAAAAUGAAUAUAUGUUUCCAAUUCGAGUGUUUCUGUAUGUUCAUAUUAUAGAUAUAAUACUUGAUGUUUAUGAAGCUACUGUUUUAGUUAUGCCAUAUCUUUGCAGAAAUUGAUUUAUUAUUCAUGAUUUUACUUUUUUCCAUAAAUUAUGAACUUUGUCACACUUAUAAAAAAUAAAUGCUGUAGCGUUUCUGGAUAAUCACUGUUACAAGCUACAUGCAUUUGCAUUAAUGUAAGAAUCAUAUGUAAGAAGUUGUUAGUCGCCAAUAUUAUGUAUAAAAUUAUAUAUUGAAACCAUGCUUAGCAUGUAUUGUUCACGCUAUGAAUGGGGAUAGUAUAAAACGUUUCCCAUUCCCUUAUUUGCAUAUUUUAUUUGUGAUUUGGUUAUUAUUAUUCGAGUAUUUUGUAUAUCAUACAUUAUCUUUGCAGCCAGUUUCGCCUGUUAACAACAUGCUUAGUUUAAAUGAGAAAAUUAGAUUUUUUAAUGAGUAAAAUAUCAUGUUACGUUGUUUAAGUUAUGUAUAAAGGAUUUAGUAGCAUUUAUUAACGAAGCAUAUUGCAAAAAGAAUUGUAGUUAUGUAAUCGCCUAGAAUACAACCUCUUUCUAAUGUAAAUGAUUCAGAGAUAAAUCCAUUUCGAUUAUAUAAUAAGGUCCAAUCACGAAUGAGGUGUUUAAUCCAGUUUUUAAUUGGGGUUUAAUGUUAAACAUAUCAAGUAUGUAUGAAAGACCAGGAUAUCGAAUCAAAAGUUUAUUCAAAAUCAAUAAAUAUCAGUAGUCCUGGGAUGUCAUUCAUUUCGGUGUUAAACAUGAUAUCGUAUAUUAAAUUAAUAUCUUAUCCAUUAUAAACCCAGUUUGGUCUGUGUUAAUAUUAUUUUAUCAAGACCUUAUUUUAAUUAUAUUUGUCAUACAAUCGGAUCCCAUUUCAUAAGUACAAUUUAAAAUAGUUUUAGGUCGCUAAUUGUGUAACAAGUAUUAGGUUUAUUUGGUUUAGGAAUACAUGUUUUAAUACUUAACGUUAGUGCUGCAACUUGCUAUUUUUCAUAUUUUAAUAAUUCCAUUUUAUAAUUACUGUUUUGUAAUAGGCGUCUGGAUUGGUUAAAACGCUAUCACUUGAUCUAAAAAAUCAACGCUUCCAUGAACGUCAAAACUGCACUUUUUCGAUAAACAAAUAAAAACAGAAUGUUAUUACGGGAACUACUUUUUAUCAAUUACGUCAACAACGGAAUCCCCGAGAAUUCCAUAGUUUCUAUUUUUAUCCCAAUAUCGUCUGCUCUGUGAGUGACAGUGGCAAACUGACAGACGACAAUCACAGACCUACACCGCACACAGUCUGCGAACCACCUAUGGUGACCUUUAGACCACCGGCCAGAUUACUUUACACCGCAGUUUAGGCUUUAAACGACUCAAGUUUUGAACUGAAGCACAUAAUGUAUAUGACAGGCCACAAAAACGAAGCUUCUAUUAGUAAUUAUAGCAGAGAAUGUUCAACAAAUCAAAAGCGAGACAUGAGGGCAGCCCUGUCACAUUUGACAAAAACACCAAAUCGACAACUUACACGCUUGAAAAAAACAUAUGCCUUCGUCCUGUCCUUUCCGAGAAUAAUAUCACACAAUCACAAACAUCCUCAGAAAUCCACACACACUGUAAGACUGAAACCACUUUAUCCCUUUCAAGUCAGUCUUAACAUUCACGUUUCACUAAUUCAACUGUUGACAACUGCAAUUUUAAAAUAGUAAUUGAUACAGCUUCUAAAUAAUUUUACGCUCUCCUUUAUGUUAAUUAGUUCAAAAUCUUCCAUGCAAGUAUAUAGAUAGUUCAAUUUUUAAUGAACUAUUGUUUGAUGGUUUUGAAAAAAACCCUGUGUUGAUGUUCAGUUAUUUUAAAUUUUAUAACUUUUUAUCCACAUUUGAUUCAGAAAAUUAAAAUUGAUAAAACCAUGUGUAAAUCAUUAUAAUGAAUCGGAGAUUUGACGAAAAAAACACGAAUGUAACUUCCUAAGGGAAUUCUCUUAUUUGUGUAUUGAUACAGUUGUAAAUCAUUGUUGAAUAGAGUUCGAUUGGGUUUUUUAAUAUAGUUUUAUAUAAUGGCAAUAUUAAUGCAUUUGG